AUGAACCGGCUCGGCUCUGGCCCCAUGGGCAGCGCCACCGCCGCCUCUGCCGGUGGCCAGUACCGUGUGUGCGGCAAUUGCCGGAAGGUUCCGAGACAGGAAAAACGAGUACAAGUCUCCCCGCCACUGACAAGAGGACCAAGUGCCUUUAUACCAGAGAACGAAGUUAUGCAAGCAAAUGGUUUGGAUGAACGUACUAAUCUUCUUGUGGAAGAAUACUCUACUUCUGGUCGCCUGGACAACAUCACACAGGUCAUGAGUAUCCAUACUCAGUACCUGGAGUCUUUCCUCCGCAGCCAGUUCUAUAUGCUGCGCAUGGAUGGGCCCCUUCCUUUGCCCUAUAGACACUACAUUGCUAUCAUGGCUGCUGCCAGACAUCAGUGUUCCUACCUAAUAAACAUGCACGUUGAUGAGUUUUUGAAGACUGGUGGGAUUGCAGAGUGGUUGAACGGUUUAGAAUACAUUCCCCAAAGACUGAAAAACCUGAACGAAAUAAACAAACUCCUUGCACACCGGCCCUGGCUAAUCACAAAAGAGCACAUUCAGAAACUUGUCAAGACUGGGGAAAAUAACUGGUCUCUUCCUGAACUGGUGCAUGCUGUUGUCCUGUUGGCACAUUAUCAUGCCUUGGCAAGUUUUGUAUUUGGUAGUGGCAUUAAUCCAGAGAGAGACCCGGAUACAUCUAACGGAGUCAGACUUAUAGCAGUCAACAACUUCUGUGUCUGUGAUCUUGCCAACGACAACAACAUAGAAAAUGCAUCCCUCACAAGUAGCAACUUUGGGAUUGCAGAUUCUUUAAGUGAGCUGGAGGCCCUAAUGGAACGGAUGAAGAGGCUUCAAGAAGAUAAAGAGGACGAAGAAGCUUCUCAGGAAGAAAUGGCAACUCGCUUUGAAAAGGAGAAGAAGGAGAGUCUGCUAGUAAUUAGUGGAGCAUUUGAUGACGAAAUAGUUUCUACAGAUGUGUCUCGCUAUAUUGAAGAUCCUGGAUUUGGGUACAAAGACUUUGCAAGGCGAGGAGAAGACCAUCUGCCAACAUUCAGAGCUCAGGACUAUACUUGGGAAAAUCAUGGCUUUUCCCUUGUAAACAGGCUUUAUUCUGAUAUUGGGCAUCUCCUUGAUGAGAAGUUUCGGAUGGUAUAUAACCUCACCUAUAACACUAUGGCAACACACGAAGACGUUGAUACAACUACGCUAAGAAGAGCUUUAUUUAACUAUGUCCACUGUAUGUAUGGAAUCAGGUAUGAUGACUAUGAUUAUGGAGAAGUUAAUCAGUUACUUGAACGCAGCCUGAAGGUUUACAUAAAGACAGUGACCUGCUACCCAGAGAGAACUACCAAGCGCAUGUACGAUAGUUACUGGCGUCAGUUCAAGCACUCGGAGAAGGUUCACGUCAAUCUGCUUCUAAUGGAAGCUCGUAUGCAGGCCGAACUUCUGUAUGCCCUUCGUGCCAUAACUCGUCACUUAACCUGA